AAAAGCUUAAAAUUGAAACAAAAACUGUUGACCAAUUCAAUUGAAUACAAAGUAUUUAGCUGUUCAAUCAACACCAGAAUCAGUUGGAAAACAUUGCAUUGAAUAAUAAUUUAAUGAUAAUUAAUCAAAGUAAUUUAUUUCUUCUCUUUUUUUUACUAUUAAAACGAUUUUUAUAUCCAAGUUAACAUGAACAUUGAUUGAUGAUGUUCAAUUUACCCAUAGCAUACCAUUAAUAUUAUUAAAUGGGAAAGAGAAGCAGAAAUGAGACCAAUGUUUAUCGAUUGAUUUGUGUGAACCAAUCAAUAAUUAUUGCUCUAUCACAAUUUAAAUGUAAACAAUUAGAAGCAAUUAAAGCUGCAGCAACAGCAAUACAAUAAGUAAAAUCAAUUUGCUUAAUCAUUGGCAAAUUUGAAACACUUUAGUGGGACAAUCAGUUUGGGAAGGAGAAGCAAAAUUAAUGGAAAUUUCAUCGAUUUAAAGAGCAAAAUUGAAAUUCACUUUUAAUGACAAAAUUAUUCGUGAUUCAUCAUGAUAAUUCAUCUUGUUCACCAUUGAUUAAACUGUUACAGACUGGCAAUACUGAGCAAAAACUGAAUUUGCGGUGAUUUCGUUCAAUUGAUGCUUUAAAAUUUACUAAUGAUGAGAUGUUACUGACAGAAUAGCAAAUAAGGCAACAAUUAAAUUACAACGUAAUUCAUGAGCUUUGAACAAUUGAUAAUAUUGGCUUUGAUUGUAGCUAUUAUUUAGCACGCAAUUUCGUGCAAAUCAAAUCUGUGGGAACAAAAAGAUGGACUUGAAUAGUUGAAUGUGUUUUUUGGGUUAAAAAGGGCCAAAAAGGAAUCUCUUUUUUUGUUUGCUUCUUUUAUUUAUUAAAUGUGAUUAAUCCAAAUUAUUAGUGAAAUGAAAACCAGAAUUGAACCAGAAAAUGUUUAAUCAAUGGACAUUAUUUGCACUUGAUUUUCACUGUAAAAUGGCGGAUGAACAUGAAUGAAAAUAAUCAAUCAAUUUAAGGUAAACUCUGGUGACAUGGGUCAAUAUUGUUGAGUUGACAGUUUUAAAUGUCAUUAUCAACUGUAACUAACUUCAGGUACAAUAACAUUUAACCGUAAAAAUGAAGCAAAAAAUGUUAACCAUCUGUACAUUGUUAACGGAUUUUCAGUGCAACAUAAGGUUCGUUUUGUGUUCAAUCAAAUUGUCUUUUCCGUUUAACUUUUUUUUGCUGCCUUUUCUUGCUUCUCUUUCCGUUUCAAUUAUUGAUUUAAUUAAUGCCUUUUCAUGAGCAAACCUUUAACCAUGUUGCCUGUCAAUAUUCACUGUGAAUGACAUUUAAUUGUUUAUUAGUUAUUAAAUUGUUGUGAUUAGUCAAGUGAUCAUAAAUGAUGUUUAAUGGUCGCAGCAAUAAUUGUUUCCAAUUUCAAGUUGCAUUAAUUGCCAUCAAAGAUGAACACCAUUAAUCAGGAACCAGAAUUGGAAUAUCAAUUGAAUAAAAUGGCUUCUCAUGUUGGUCAAACAUGUAAAAAGCUGAUCCCAGAGGCUUUCAGUCAACUGGUUAAAUCGGGUGAAGGUUCAUCGUGUAGGAUUGGAUUGGAUCCUGAAAGGCCAUUUUCAUCUGUUACUGCUUGCCUUGAUUUUGUUGCUCACAACCAUCGAGAUAAUCACAAUGUUCAAAAUGAUAUAACUGCUGUUGUUAACCUUCUUCGUAAUCCAAUUAAUCAAUGGCUAUCAACUGGUAACAAGGAAAGCCAAUAUCAUGUUUUACCUUGUUACCUUGUUGACCUGAAGGGAAGGGCUAAAGCCAAUGGAUUGCAAAUAUUGACCAAAUUUCCUGUUCUCAAGCGACUUCGAAGCACACCUCUUUUGUCUCGACGGAAAUGCCAGCGAUUGAAAAAGAAAACGUUAAGACGAUCAUUUCCGGAGAAACGGAAUACAGACAACAAAGGGUCAUCUUCAGCUGGUCCCAGGUCAACCAAUGGUAAAAGUGUAUCAAUCUUUUCGACGCAAAAUAAACCCGUUCUUCGUUUCCCUGCUGAGAACCAGUUGAAGGAUCCAAACCAUAAAGGUUACAUUUACCAGUUUGAAUCGGAUAAUGAAGAUUCAUGUCUUGAUCCUAGGAUGGGAGGUGUUGGAAUUGCUCUGGAACAUGGUUCAAUCUUGAUUGAAUGUGCAAAGCACGAGAUGCACUCAACAACGCCACUUCGACAUCCAAACAGACUUCAACCGAACCGGUUAAGUUUAGUCUUUUAUCAACAUAAAAACCUUGAUAAACCCAAUCAUGGAUCGGUUGAUGAUCAAGAUUAAUAUUUUAUACAAAAAUAUUCACAAUCUCAUUUUUUAUUUCAUUUUCUGGUUCAAAUUUUGGUUUGUUACCAAAAAAACGUAUGAAAUCAUUUAAUUAUAAUUGAUUUAUUUUUUCUUAUAUAAUUAUUAAUCACAUUGCACAACAAGCAAUUAUUUAUUCAAUGCAUUUAAACAAUUGUUAACAGACAAAAACAGUUAAUCAGAGCAUAAAUUUUAGCUUAAGCUCUUUUUUUAAGCUCAAAUAUUAGUAAACAAGCAAAAUGAAGAUGAAUUAGGACAAAUGAGUCAACUGAUUCAAAUUGCCAUUGAAUUUUCUAAUAAGAUUGUUUGUUAACAACUAUUUAAAUACAUUUUCAUCUUAAUUCAAUAUUUAUAUUAUGCAAAUUACCUUUUCAAGUGAAAAAUCUACAUUUUUACAUGUAAUGAAUUCUUUUGGUUGAAAAAAUAAAACCUUCUCAAUAAAGUUAUAAUACAUAAUUUAAA